GAUGCCAAAGUAGUGGAGCGGAGGGGAGUGGAGUAGAGUGGGUUGGUAGGAGUGGCUGAGGAGCUGGCAGUCUGCUUUGCAUGAAUCGUGGACUCCCAAGUUUAGCGGCUGUGUGCAGCUCAGAUAUUUCCUGCCAGACGUGCAGACUGAUCCGAGGCUAGGGCGGAGGAGACGAGGAGAGGGAUGGCCGAGAAUUGCUGUGAGACAAGCGGCUCCGCUCACCGGAGAUGCGUGGCCCAUUCUCCGGCAGAGAGGAGCAUUCCAUCCGGUGUCGGCGCAUCGAAGUGGAUCCGACUGAACGUCGGGGGAACGUAUUUUUUAACAACGAGGCAGACGCUGUGUCGGGAUCCAAAAUCAUUUCUGUACAGACUGAGCCAGGCUGACCCCGAGCUCGACUCCGACAAGGAUGAAACUGGUGCCUAUCUCAUAGACAGAGACCCGACGUAUUUUGGGCCAGUGCUCAACUACUUGAGGCAUGGCAAACUGGUGCUCAACAGGGACUUGGCAGAGGAAGGUGUGCUAGAAGAAGCCGAGUUCUACAACAUCACAUCAUUAAUAAAACUCAUCAAGGACAAGAUCAGGGAACGCGACUGCAAAACAUCACAGGUACAUGACGUUGAGGUUCCAGUGAAACACGUGUACAGGGUGCUGCAGUGUCAGGAGGAGGAGCUGACACAGAUGGUGUCCACCAUGUCGGAUGGCUGGAAGUUUGAACAGCUGGUCAGCAUAGGCUCCUCUUACAACUACGGUAACGAAGACCAAGCGGAGUUCCUGUGCGUGGUCUCCAAGGAGCUUCACAAUCAAUCAUACGGGACAAACAGUGAGCCCAGUGAGAAGGCUAAGAUUCUUCAGGAAAGGGGUUCCCGGAUGUGAGGAGGACUUAGUAUUAUGAGCUCCAGGUGUUAUGAUGCAAACAUAUCAUCUUUGUCGAAGAACAUUUGGCACAAUGGAGAUUUAAAGGGGGGUGGGGGUGUACAUUUAUUUAGUUUUCCCUCGUCUUUAUUUUUAUUUCUUAAUAAGUCUGUUUACUGACUAUUUGUGCCUGUACACUUAAACUGGACCUUUAUAAAUUAGUGGAAAGUUAUUGUGUUUUUUCUUUUUUUAGAAUUGAAAGUAAGGAACUGCAGUCUACAAAUGUUUUAUGCUAUAAAAAUAUGGCCGUCAUCAUAUAAGGCCAACGAUUACUCAGGGUGAGCUACUGAAUUAAUUAUAUCCUCCAACUCGAGGGAUUGGGAGAGGGAUCAGUAUGGUUUUUAUAACUCAAAAGUAUCAACUCACAAUCAUUGUUUCAAGAUGUUAAGAAGGGAAUUGUGCAUUGAUUUAGUGCAUGUUAAAGAGUUGGUCUAUUAAAUGUGAAAUUCACCCUAAAAACUCAUUUUAUUUUCUCCUCUGAAUAUUGCAAACCUGAGAUUUGUGAUCACGAGAAUCACAACUAUACAUCACACAUGUUGCUGAGGUGGCAUUUUUUUACUUGGACAAUAAAUUACAUUUUCAGUAACAUGAAAAAUGUCACUGUGAUUUGACCGUGUAGGAUCGGGGGCCUUUAUUGGUGAUGAGGAAAUAUUCAUAUCCUAAUUUCAUAUUAACUAAAUAAGCUAACUUGUCACAAUGGGGAAAAACAAAAGUUUUUUUCACUUGAUUUCUUGGCAUUUCUUGGCUCAUGGCACCGUAUCCUCUGUUUUAACAUAAUUAUCCACUGAUGUGGUCUUUGUGUGUAAUUAUUGCAUUUUCAGGAAGUACACUUUUUAUUUUAGUAAUAGAGUUGGGGGUUUUUCCUCACUAAGAUAUUUCAGAUAUUCCUGCAGUAAAAUUUUGAAUUUUCAGUUGUUUGGACCUUUUUUUUUGUUUUUGUUUUAGUUAGUUUGAGACCUCAUGUUCAUAAAUUUAAGAUUAACUGCCAAAAAUCAUCUAAGGUGUUUCAAAUAUGAUUUUUUUUUUUCUUUUUGUAAAACAUCAGUGUCCAUUUACUGUCUGAAAAAAUAUCCUCCAGGACAAAAGUGUCUCCUUUUUUUUCACCCCCUCUGAAUUUUCCUUAACUGGUUUAUUUUGUAUGAUUGAGGGAAUAAGUAUCUUUCCUUUCUUUAUCUUAUUCUUUUUUAAAAGAAGUAUUUGAUGUGUUAGGUCUGGGGGACUGGAAUUGUUUUGAAGUCUGUGGUGAAGGAUUUUUCUGUUCAUAUCCAGAGGAUUUUUAUUUUGAUGUAAAUAAUCCCAAAUUCAAUAGUAAUAUUUAACUCUUAAAGAAACUGCACGUUUUGUACACUGUAUAGAAAAACACGACUUCAAAUGGAAGUUGUUUAUACUGGAUCUUUAAAAAAAUGAUAAUGAUAAUGUUAACUUCUGUUUUUGCAUUGUUUGUACAGGACUAUUUAGAGAUUUCCAAGUUAGGGUUAAAAUAGCUGAUGCUGACUCUGGUAUCUUUCACUGAGAACAUCCCCUGGAACAUGUUUUGAUAACCAAUAACAAAGCUAUACUUGGCUGGCUAUGAAGUUGACUGUUACAUUUAAAAAAAACAAAACAAAAAAACAAAUGUAUUUUUUUUUUUCCUGCAGUGUGAAAGAUGAGCAUUUUUGUUGUGUAGAUUUCGUACACAGCAUAACAUGCACUGCAGUGGGAAAACAACACUGUGCACAUUGCUUACAGCCUGUAAUGUUAUAAAUGUAAAUAACAGCAUUUUAGACAACACUUUUUUUAAAAAAAAUAGAAAGUUGUUUUUCAGGUUUGAUGUGUGGUUUUUUUGAUAGGUUGGAUAUUUCACUCACAAAUAAUGAUUUUUUAUUUUUUUUUUAGUGUUGCCUUGUUUUCCCCCUCAAUGACCAAAAUCCAAUGUCUUAUGUGUAUUGCACACAUUGAUCUUAGUGUCAGGGACGAGUAAACUUUUCUUAAUGCUGGCACACUUUGUACAUAUUUAACGACACACAAACCUCCAUUUACUCAAAUAUACACUUGACUAAAACAAUUUUUAUAUUGUCGGGGGAAACCAGUAUGGAUGCAUGUUUUUGAUAUAGACACACACACACACACAAGGGCUUUUUAAAAGUGCAUAAUUUGAGAAGAGUUUAAAUCAAAGUAGACUGGAUUUCCUGCCAGAGAUAGGCUAUGUUUACAUUUGCUAUAGUAUUCUGAAGCCUUUCAAUUCUAUACGGUCUUGCACUCCCUCACACACGCACACGUUAACAUGCGUCUGACUUGUGACUCCACUGAUUUUCACAGACAUAAGAUAUUAUAAGAUGCAUCCAUUUCUGACAGCUUACGCCUCCAGUGGCAGAAUUGCUUACUUUUUUAAUAGGAUGAAACUAGGCGUUAAGGUCUUGACAUAUUUUCCUGCUAUGAGAUUUGAAGCAUUUUGUGUUUAACUUUCGUUGUUUUUAGUUGUAUCCUUGGUUGAUUAUACUUUAGUUCUGAUGUGUUAAGCCCUUAGUAAACAGGUUGUCUGUACGAGCAUUUGGAAAACGGCAAUCAUUUCAUGGAAUGGACAAACUUAUCACUUGUGUAGCCUAAUACUUUUUAAGUGCCCAGUUUGUUUUGCAUUCAAGUUAUUAUCCACCGAGCACUGUAAAUGCAUGAUGGAAAGACGAUCACACUUGUAAUCAGAGGGAAUGAAUGAAUGUCAUUUUUCCUCAAUCUUAACGGUUGCAUCGAGAGAAAAAAAAAAAGAAAUAAGGUCCUCAUAUCACUAUGUAGAUCACUACUGUAUGAUCUUAUGCAAUGUUCUAAAAUGUACAAACUAACCAUGAGGUUAAGGGGAUAGAUCUAUAUGGUCUUACAUAAAGUAAACACAAUAAAGAUGUUGUCAUUCA